CUCGCGAGUCGAGCUUGGGCGCUUGGCGGGAAUGGGUUAUGCGGGGUGUGCUCCCUUAGCUCCGCAUCCUCCGUGGAAAACGACAGCAUUCCCGCUGGGCACUUAGGAAUUAUGCCUGUGGACGCUGCCUGCUUUUUAUACCUUUCCAUCCCGAGUCGUGACAGAGCUGUAGUUAAGUUGUUAAGCUAGCACCAGAGCUCGGUCAGAGGAGCAGCGGAGAGGCGCCGGUGAGUCUUCAGUACAGUCAGUCAGUCAGACUUGGUUUCCCUUCAGUCACACGUCCGUUAUAACGGACUAACGGACAUCAACGUUAACGGAGACUGGAGACCAGAGACGUAGCUGAUCGACUGUGAGGAUUUGAGGGAUGGGGCGCAAGUUGGACCUGUCUAGUCUUACAGAGGACGAGGCAGAGCAUGUGCUACAGGUGGUCCAAAGAGACAUGCGGCUGCGCAAGACAGAAGAGGAACGACUAAGUGAUUUGAAGCAGGAGCUGACUGAGGAGGAUACUCGGUGUGUUUUGCUCUCACGUCAGCGCAGCUUUAACCAGCGCUGCUGCAUUCGCUGUUGCUCGCCUUUCACCUUCUUGCUCAAGCCACGCCGUCGCUGCCUAGACUGUCACUUCAACGUCUGCAGACGCUGCUGCUCUUACUCCACUACCGACAAAGGCUGGCUGUGCUCCGCCUGCGAGAAGAGCAGACUGCUGAAGACCCAGUCUCUGGAGUGGUUUUACAGUAAUGUGAGGAGACGCUUUAAGAGGUUUGGCAGUGCCAAAGUGCUGAAGACACUCUACAGGAGGCACAUUGCAGAACAGGGGAGCCAGGCUGAACUCACAGAAGGAAGUACAUAUGAUGAAAGUGUGGGCAAUGGGGACAGUGUGUAUGAGAGUGACUCCACAUUCUACAAGCAUAGUGAAGAGCAUACCAUGGCAGAGACCAUCGGUGUGGCACUGCGUGUGGCAGAAGAAGCCAUAGAUGAAGCCAUCGCCAAGGCUGAGAGUCAAAGAGACAACAAAGAGAAGCUGAAGGAAGCUUGUUACCUACGGGACAACAGAGGAGAACUUAUAGAAGAGCUGACCACCACAAUUGUACAGAAAAUUAUCCGCAGGAAGACAGAUCAAUCUGAGAUGCAAUCUGAGAUGCAGCCAGAGCAUAAUCCGAACUGUUCUUCUGAUCAGAAGAGUGAUGUGAGCUCUACUGCUUCUCCUACCAAUCGACCUCGGAGUGCCAUGGCCUCCCAGUCUAGCCCCAAGACCUCCCUAUGGAGGUCCCGAUCAGCCUUGUCUCUUUUCACUGAUGAAAUACAGCACCAGCAUGGCAAACCCCAGCAGAGACCCAUUCACUGUAAAGACUGUACACAGGGACUGACAAAGGAUGGAAUCUCUAUCUCAACUCUUCCUAGUUGGAAGAGUGUGGACCGUCUGGACAACUCCAUGUUGCAGAGUUCAGACGGUAAUUGGAUUGCGCUCCAAAGCACCCAACUCUCUCGACCCAGCCUGCUGACAAAGCGCAAGAGUCUGGUGUUCAGUGCUUUGGAAAAGGAAUCUGGUGUGGUCUCUGCAUAUGAUGGGAUGGGCUCUGACACUGAACCAGACAGUGAUGGAACCUGGUGCGCAGCCCUGCUGGAGAUUCGCAACAAAAUGUCCUCAAACAAUGUGCCAAAUAACCUUCAGUCCACCAGCCCACAGCCAACACUGAAAUCACCCACACAACCUGCUGCUGACCAGGCCCAGAAUGACUCUGGCCAGGAUACCCGAGUGCCAAAAUUCCACAAAUCUCCAUUUCCUUUCUUGAAGAGGAAGGUGCCUCUGGAAUGCAAGCGCUCAUCUUCUCAGCGCCUCAGUGUGAUGGAUAUUAACUUUAACCCAGAGGGCACAGAAAGCAGUGAAGAUGGCUUAGAAGACAGCAAAGUCAAAAGGACACGACGGAAAAGAAGAAGCAAACGAGAGGAUGCAGAGGAGAAAGAAUUCACAGCCUUGUCUUCAGCUGAACCUGACUAUAGCAGGAUUCUGCUGGAUGUUCUGGUGAAACACCGGAACAAGAGGCAGGGUACCUCAGAGUUCCUGAGUGACCAGACUAUGGACACUACAACCUCUGAUAUUCAAAGUUCUGAGGCUGGGACUCCUGAUGCUUUUGAGUCUGAACGGGAAAAGAAUCAUGUUUUGAGUGGUUCUGUAGAAAACAAACUGACAUCCACACUGAGAGUACUGGCCAAUCAAGUGAGUGAAACACAGUUCUCCUCCACUGAAGAUGAGCUUGACAGAGUGAAAGAAAUUGGUACAGGUGGAAAUGACAGUGCAGAGGAAGGAAGAGGGGAAGCCUUAUUGGAUAUGGAGGUGGAUGCAGAAAAGGAAGAGCUAAGAGGAACAGAAGAGGGUGAAGAGCAAACAGAAUGCAAGAAAUUUCUAAAGGUGGAGAUAAGUGAAGCGGAGAUGGUAAAGGAGGUAGAAGAACGUCAAAAGUGCCAGGCAACAGUGGAAGAAGAUGUAGUUGGGCCAUCUGUAGAAGACAUUGGGAAGGAAAGUCAGGUAGAUAGAGAGUUUGAGAAUUCAGGAAUCUUGACUACAGAUAUGAUUGGUCAUCUACAUAAUGAGAUUCAAGAGCCAGUGGAUAAACAAAGUGAAAGUGAGAUGGAGAAAUCAGUAGAAAUUCCGCAGAGCAUGUGCUUAGAUCAUAACAGCAUGAGAGCAGAACAGGUCACUGAGCUUGGGGCGAGUGAAAUAGGUAACCUUGAUGACACUAAUGCCGAGGAGCAGAUUAAAACUACUGAAGAGACAGCAGGUUGUAUAACUGAGAUAAUCAACGAGGAUAAGGUUGAGGAAGAGGAGGAAAACCGGUCAGAAGGAAAAGACAGUGGUGAUACUGAGCCAGAGCAAGAGAACAACAGUGUUGCGUUAAAUACACCCCAGGAGCCAGAGGGCCUUUCAGAAACAGAGCAACAACGGCAGAUGGUUGGAGAGAGACCAGAGAGUGGCCAUCAGGUCAAGAGUCAGGAGAUUGAAAAGCAAAUGAAAGAGACUGAAUGCACAGCUGACAGUGGAGAAGACAGCUUAGAGGAUACAGCAAGUGAAAGAAAAGAAACAGAGCAAGACGGGGAUAAUCAUGAUUUAUCUACAUUCAUGAAAAAGGAGCAGGUAGAAUAUAAAAUGAUGCUUCACAGUGCAGUCAGGACCUUGAAUAACAUGGAGGAAGAGAUUGACACACAUAACAGCAACAUGAGAUUCAGCUCAUUAGAUGAUACUGAAAGGAGUGAGGAAGAAGAGGAAAUUGUGGCCGAAGAAAGAGGAGUAGAAGACAUGACACAUGAUGAAGAGAUAGAGGAUGGCAUUGAGGUGGAACAAGACAAAGAGAGAACGAGUAGAAAUGAACGAGCACUGGAGAAGUUUAUGGAAAAAGACAGUCAACAUGAGUUGGUUGAGAAAACAGAAGAACAUACUUGUGUGGUAAAAGCAGAAGAGUGUAAAUGUAAAGACCACCUACUCAAAGAAGGUCUGGACUGUGCCAUCUAUGGUCAAGAAGUGUUUCUUACACCAGAGGAAAUCUACAAAGGUAACAAUCUGGACUUAGAAAAAGACCUGCAGUUUCUCUCCACUUUGCUGCAGCAGAAGUAUACUGCUGCAUCACUUCGCAGUAUCACAACUGAGGUGCUGAAGGUUCUGAAUGCCACUGAAGAUCUGAUUCAAGGCACAGUGGGUGAUGGAAUCGGACAGUCAGAAUCACGAGACCUGCCUCCACUCCCUCCAGCCCAGAGCAAGAGACUGGAUGAGCAACUCUGCAGACUAGAGGAGAACGUUUAUGUGGCCGCGAGUGCUGUGUUUGGUCUAGAAGCUGAGCUGGGUGAUCUGGAGGAGUGUGCACGCAGCAUCAGUGGAGCCACCUCAGAGGGAGAACUGGCUCACCUGGAGGAGCAGGUGGCCUCAGUUGCAGCCCAAGUGCAGCAGUCUGAUCUCCAGGUGUCAGACAUUGCAGCGAGAAUCGCAGCUCUAAAAAAUGCAGGCCUUAACGUAGCCCCUCAGACACGUUUUGCCAAGCCACAAACGAUAGACUCAUCUAGGCAGCACCGGCGCCGACUACCAGCACCUCCGAUGCAAGAUAAAAAGGCCUAGUGCAGGUCAGAGCUCAGGAAACAACUUGCGCAGCCAAAUAACAUCCCUGCCAAAACAGCAGAGCCUCUGUUCACUUGUGCCUUCAAGCAGUGAACUGCUGCACAGAACAGCAUGGUACUUCUAGCCUUGACCAAAACCCCUGCGCUCCAUGCUGACUGAUGCUGUUUGCCUUAAAAAAACAACUAGGGAUGGGAGGACAUGGGGAGACACUCUGAAAAUAUUUGAGGUAUUUUUCCACAACACUACUGUGGGUCAGUCCAUGACUGGUGAUUGGUGAGAACAAAAAACACCAACAGUAUUGUGCAAAAUGGCAAAUAUGGCAUCUUUUCAUAAUCUUAUUAUUUUGCUGGUGAUCCUGAUAUAUAUAAUUAAAUUUAUUGAAAAAGAUUAUAAAGAAUUUUGGGAUCAGGUUGCUACAUCUCUGCAAACAACUGUCAGCCUGUUUCUUUGUUGUGAAUAAGGUAAUUCAAUAAGUCAUUCAACAGAGAGACAAUUCCUCAUAUUUAAAAUGAUUUUACAAUAAACAGCCUGUUUUUUUUUUUUUUUAUAAAACGGUCAAAUCAUUGUUACAAACCAAUGAGCCGUUUCUGCCCACUUUGUCUACUGUUCUGUCUGUCAACUAAAUAGUAAUAAAUAUGUUCAGAACUGUCAGCAUCUUAACACUUACAGAAAAAGCACAUGAAUCACACAUCCCUACUGUAAUGUUAAUUUGCUGAAGUUUGACACAACUCUGUAAAGAUGCUAAUUUAUUGUAAAGAUGUAAAUUACUGUAAUGAAUAAAAAAAUGCAAUCACCUCUCAAUCACAUGCACUUUCAUCACAGAUGUUAUGCUAAAAAUGGAUCAUGUUACAAUGAAUACUCACUUGUCAGUGUACAGACCAAGGGAACCUAGUAUGCCUUGGAUAAAAUAGCUGAUGCGUCAGCUGUGUGCCUUUCCUUCUUAAGGCUAUAAAUAAAAUACACUGAUUAUAAAACAAAACUAUGAAAAAUAAUUUAUAUUUUUGAACACAUUCAAAAUUGUCAAUGGUGCAUUUGAAAUAUUGCUUCAGUUGUGAUUGUAACGUUGACAUUUGUUCUUGCUCAAAUUGAAGACAUCAAAAUGUGCUACUUGUAACACAGUAAUACUGGUGUUAGGUGUCAUUUUUCUUGUUGAUGGCUUUAUAGCUGAAAAUAUCGGCAGAGUGAAAACACUCAAGGAGAGUGUACCAUCGCACCAUGUCAAGACACUGUUAAAUAUUUUUCCAGUAUCAGAAGAAGCUGUUAUGUAGUGCCAAAAGAAUACAGUGUAACCUCUGAAACAAUCAUAGUCCUUGCCUUUAAAAAUGAAAGCAUCACUUUCACAAUUUAGUGUUCAAUUGAUUUGUGUCCACAGUUGUUAGCAGAAUAAAUAAAGAGUUGAGAGGAGAAAA